GUGCGUGCGUUGAUCGGGCCGUGCGAGUGAACUGCUACUGUUUUUGUGCUGUUUUUGUGCACUGAGAUGCGACCCUGAGUUCUGGACAGAUCUGUCCGCCGCCCGGCGGAACAUCGAUCGUGAAUCAUACGCACGCCCGUACGUACGGAUGCCCUUUAGAGGGAUGCUGCCAUGCGCGCAGCAGAUGCUUGGCUGUGUAUGGUACCAGACGCGAUAUCUACUAAUCCUUUCCAGGUAUUUGUCUACCGCCGGCCGCCUGUACGUACGUACAAAUGCGUGAAAUGUGUAUGAUGGUUUGGCAAAAUGGUUAUGACGCCAAUACAGCAUACACGGUACGCUACGAUGCGUGUAAAAGAUGCUGUGUAGACGGACAAGCCUUGUACUUGCCGUUUCCACUGUAUCUUUUGUGCCGUGUCCUCUUGGGUCUGGUGUACUCAUGCGUCUCCGAAGUUCUGCUCGUGCAUCCCCUUCUAGUACUCGCGUAUCUCAUGGUAUUAACCCAUCUUCUUGUAAUGGGCCACAAAAGGUACGUAUUUACGAGGAAUGACGGCACGAGGAGGCUGAACUUUGUAGCAAGCGGGAGAAGGUCGAUAACAUAUCACGGUGGCAGUUACGCAAGUAUCUUUUACGCGUGCUGGAAGUUCUACUACUACUAGCGCGUCCUCUUUCAUUAAUCCAUUGCAUUAUUAGCGUCACUUCCUGCGAUACGCCACACAAGCUAGCGAAAUCCGAGGAGAA